CAGGCAGCCGGGUGGGGAGGGGGAGGUCUGGAGGCUUGCCUGGGCAGCUUCGCCAACCCCUGCUGGGGGAUUGAUCCAGCCAGGGCUCCCUCUGGUUGUCCCUCACACAGCUUCCCCAGCACCCCGUCCCCGGCCCUGCCCUGGCCCUGGGCGCCAAAGAAUUGGGUGCCAAAGAACCAGGUCCUUUAGCAGUCUGGGGGCUUGGGAGUGGAGGUCAGAGCCAAGGUCAAGGGCAGGGAGAGAACUUUCAUCGUGCUUCCUGUGCCCCAGGAGCCUUAGACUGGCUCUGCUGCCCAACCAGGCAUCUCCCCCUUGGGGAACAUCCUAGGCCCAGCAAGUGGAGAGCAGGGGGCUCCCCUUACCAGGAAGUCUGGCCACUUGGAUGAGGGCAGGGGUAGGCCCAGGGCGGCAUAGGCCUCUGGCCCCGGGGGCCGCCCCACUUAAUCCCCCGCAGCGAGCCCCUGGGGCAGCGGUGGUUGGAGCUGGUGGUGCAGUCCUGCCCUGCUGUCCUGGGGGUGCUGGUUUUGCUCGGGGACCAGGGGAGAGGGAAGGGCAUCUUGUUCCGGAAGGAGCAGGAGGGAUGGGGGGGUGCCAAGCAAAGGUCUCUUUCAUGCUGGCACCCAGGGCUGGAGGAGGGGAGGGUCUGCCUUCCCCCUUAUCCCUGCCCCCAGGAGGUGGAGGGGUGGAGAGCUCUCCCUCACCCCUUCCCUGAGAGCUCUCGCCUUGGGACACUUUCGAAAAUGGCCCCGGGCCAGAGAGGCAGGAGGAAGGCAGGGAGGGUACUGAGGUCCUCCCUGGGAGAAGGCGGUGGCUGUGCUGGCCCGGGGUAGGACGGCACCUUCCACAGGGGCAGGAGGGGGGGCACUUCCCCAAAAGGCUGAUGGAGGCAGCUUUCGGGGGGGUGGGUAUGAAGAGGUGCAAAUUGAAAGUGAAACAGCUCACGUCCAGGAAAUACUCCCUGUGACGAGGGUUCACAGAGCAGAUGAGGGCUGUGGCCAGGACUGAGCAAAGAGGAAAACAGGCUGGGGACAGGAGAGCAGGCUAACCCUGUCCUCCACUGGGACCUGAGAAAUGGCAUCUGGGCAAGGCCCAGGUCCUCCCAGGCAGGGGUGUGGAGAGCCGGCCCCGUCUUCUACUUCCGAGGAGCAGGUAGCCCGGGACACCGAGGAGGUUUUUCGCAGCUAUGUUUUUUACCGCCAUCGGCAGGAGCAGGAGGCUGAGGGGGCAGCUGCACCUGCUGACCCAGAAAUGGUCUCCUUGUCCCUAGAACCUAGCAGCACCAUGGGGCAGGUGGGUCGCCAGCUCGCCAUCAUCGGGGACGACAUCAACCAGCGCUACGACUCCGAGUUCCAGACCAUGCUGCAGCACCUACAGCCGACAGUAGAGAACGCCUAUGAGUAUUUCACCAAGAUUGCCUCGAGCCUGUUUGAGAGCGGCAUCAACUGGGGCCGAGUGGUGGCUCUCCUGGGCUUCGGCUACCGCCUGGCCCUACACGUCUACCAGCAUGGCCUGACCGGCUUCCUGGGCGAGGUGACCCGCUUCGUGGCCGACUUCAUGCUGCAACACUGCAUUGCCCAGUGGAUUGCGCAGAGGGGCGGCUGGGUGGCAGCCCUGAACUUGGGAAAUGGCCCCAUCCUGAACGUGCUGAUAGUUCUGUCUGUGGUUCUGUUGGGCCAGUUUGUGGUACGAAGAUUCUUCAAAUCAUGACUCCCAGAGGGGCCCUUUGGGGUCCUAGCAGACACCCCUGACUGGACUUCAGCCAAGCCUUUUCCCCUCACCCCCCCCCUGCAGGGGCCCUCCCUCAAGAACACAGAAGCUUUAGCAAGUGGGCACUCCAGCUUUCGGAGGACCCCUGCCCAGGGGUCAGUCAGGCUGCCGGGGUGCCCCAACAUUGCAUGGUGCUAAUGGGCCCCCUCUCUGGGCCCCAUCCUGUCAGAGAGGGGCUGUAGCCUUCUUCCUCAGCUCUCUGGGACUCCCUCAGCCCUGUCUAUUGGACGCUGGGGAGAUUGACAACUUGGGGAAGCAAGAGGCUGAAAGUCACUUCCCCCCAAAUUUUUAAUGGUUAUAUCUUUUUAGAAUGCCCUUGGAAGGACUCUUCCCUGCACCCCAUUCCCACCACUCUGCCCAAGUCAGGAUGUCUGGGAUGUGGGGGUUAGUAGGCCACUCUGUGUUCCCCAGGAUUUAGCUGUUCUAGAAGGUCAGAGCUUGAUUGCUGGGCCUGGAGCCCAGUCCUGGCCCUUCCUAAGCUCUCCCCUGGCUCCCACUCCCCCCACCCCAUAAUGCCUUUGCAGUAGACUCUCAGGGAUUCUGGGCCUGGGUGUGGGAUAGGAAUGGAGACCAGAGCUGUCAGAACUUCAUCAGUACCUCCCUGCCUCCCGAGAUCCUCAGUGCUCUCCCUUCUCCUCACCUAUUACCACUUAAACCCAACCUAUUCACUACAAGUGAAGCUAACCCUGCCCCCAUCACCCCAGAUAAGAAAGGAGGGGUCUUGGGUAAGUGCAUUGCUAAGGUCCCCUCCUUGCCCAGACUAUAGACUUUAGGACUGGUUUGUUAUUGUCAGGGAAAGGGGGUAAGGAGCUCAUCUUGAGGUUUCUGAGUGAGAAAAGGGCUGUUAAUGUCACUAGGAACCCCAGAGUUGGGCUCCUCCCUCAUGGCCUGGGCACAGUGUAAUCUGGGGGUGUGGAUGGGGAAACUGUGAAUACUUGAACUCUAUCCCCCAUCCCCACCCCCCACUCUCCACACUCCUCACCUGCCUAACCCCCUCCUGUGGGUGGGGGUGGGAAUGUCUUGUCUAUCUUGCACAGCCUAGAGGUUUGGGGUAAGGAGAGAGAAGUUCUUGAUUAAGCCAAAUGCAGGGAGGGGAUGCAAAUGGAGCCCACUGGCCAGCCCUUACCCUGAGUGUGUCUGAAAAUAAACUGCAAUCCCCUGA